UUGUUCCUGUAAUAAGGCGUUGAUGACGGCUUCGCUCUUGCGUAACCAGAGGAGAGAUGCUUGUGCUUCACGACCACCCUCCGAUGCUUCACUCCUGUCACCGCGGGGAUCAUCUCGACUUACUUCUUCUAGAGCAACAUCUAGUUCACCUUCAUCCUUUGAUGAAGCUUCAGAUGACGGAGAUGCUGAUGAUGAAGCUGACGCUCAGGAAAUUGAACAAGAGCUGAGAAUUGCGGUAAUUGAAGCGAAUGCGCAAGGUCUGAAGUCGAGACAUGUAGUGAAGAUGUACUAG